AUGCCCGGUACACGCCCAGCACAAAAGGCCGGCUCGUGGUAUGAGGGGGAUCCCCGUAUCCUGAGACAGCAGCUUGAGAGCUACCUGGCGGCUGUUCCGGCGAGCGUCGACGGAGCUUCUGUGCCCAUUCCCGGUGCAAGAAUUGUCAUUGCUCCUCACGCAGGAUAUGACUACUCCGGCCCAUGUGCUGCCUGGGCAUACAAGAGCCUUGAUCUCAGCAAGGCCAAGCGUGUCUUCGUUCUGGGACCUUCACAUACUUACUACCUCGAGGGAUGCGCCGCCUCGACCUUUGACCAGUAUGCAACUCCUUUCGGCGACCUGACUGUGGAUCAAGCCACGGUGCAGAAUGUCAAAGCCGCGGGGUCCCUGGACAACAUGCCCAGGAGCAACGAGGUUAGCGAGCACUCGUUGGAGAUGCAUAUGCCAUACCUCUACCUCCGCUGCCAGCAGACGUUUGGCUCGCCAGACAAGUUUCCCACGAUUGUACCCAUCUUGGUUGGAUCCGGUACCGGUCCGGAGGAGAAGGCCUUUGGCCAGAUCUUGGUUCCCUACCUGAAGGACCCCGCGAAUGCCUUCAUCGUCAGCUCUGACUUCUGUCACUGGGGCAAGAACUUCAGCUAUAUGGUGUACUCGCCGUCCAACAGCCCCUCGGAUCUCGUCAGGCUGCGCGCCUCUGAUCCAGCACCCAAGGGUCCUCCGAUCCACGAGACGAUUCGGACGAUUGACGAGGCAGCUAUGGAUGGUGUCAAGAGCGGCAGCCAUGAUGCUUUUCUCGCGACUCUGAAGCAAACCAAGAACACAGUCUGCGGGCGACACCCGAUCGGGGUCAUGAUGGCAGCCCUGGAGUUGCUCAGCCGGGAGCCGCAGUAUAAGGGCAAGGGCCUUUUCAACAUUAUUCAGUACGACCGGAGCAACCUGGUACAGCAACCUAAUGACAUGAGUGUCAGCUAUGUGUCGGCGUACGCUGUGCUGUGA